UAGGCGAUUCUAGGGUUAUUAGGAUCGAAUUAAACCGAUUCUGAGUCGAUAUGAAUCGCAAUCGGAACGGAUUCCUGUUUCUAAAACCCUGUCGAAAACCCUCUCGCUCUCUCUCGUUCGAUCCUAUACUCUCGUUAGAAAGAGAAGAGAUGGAUGCAGCAGAAGAGCGUAUAGUUUCGGAGAGAUUGAGACGAAAGCUGAACGAUGUGAAUGUAGAAGCGCAAAAUCAAUUAUCAGGAAUACAAGACCAUGUCAAUUUCACUCUUCAGAAAGCGUACUUCAGAUGUGCGCAUGAGUGCUUUGAUAGGAGAAGGCAGCAAGAGGAGAUAAAUAACUGUGUCGAAAAUUGUAGUGUUCCGGUUGUUAAUGCUAACAAUCUGGUUCAGAAUGAGAUGGCUAAGUUUCAAGAAAUGUUGCGAAGGUCCUUGAUGGUUUGCCAAGACAAGUUUGAGAUGGCCAAGCUACAACAGCACAAGACCGGAGCCAUCCAUGACUUGGAGUCAUGUGUUGAGAAAGCGAUUAAUGAUGGCAUUCAGUUGUUGCCUCAUGUUAAUGAUCGAUUGAAGACAUCCCUCUCCAUUGAUUGAUCUACCAAGCCUGAUCACAUGGACAAGUUUCUUUAAGAUCUUAUUUCUCCAAUUUCUCCUUUUUCCUAAUUUGUUAGGAGAGCAUUGUUUAAAUUAUGUAUUAAUUGUCUGCCCUAUUGAACGGGGCCAUGUGAGAUAUUAUAAUACAAUUUUGGUUCACUUGA